UUAUAGUGUUUUACUUACGCUAAUAAGCGCGCAUGCACCUGACUGCGCUACAUCCUUACUUGGUGUACAAUUCCAUACUUUGGUCUAAUUAAUCAAAUGUGCAAGAUGUGGGGUUUAUGUAGAUUACAAAACUUGGUAACACAGUGGAAUGAGUCUAUAUCUAAUUUGGUAUUUCAGUAUAUAAUAAGUGUCCAUGGAUAGCUGACAAGAUUCGAUAUAUAUACAAUGAGGUUACCCUAUGAAAGACUAUUGAGACGAUAUUGAUAUUUUUAUUUAGCUUGCCGAUUAUAAUUUAGUGUCGUCUAGAUAGUAGUUGUUGUUCUCACCUUGAUUAACUUGAAAGAAAUAUCUAUUUGCAGAGCUUACUAAAAAGGUCUUGGAAUGGAACAGUGAUCUCAUUACACAAACAGAUGAAAGCGGGAGUACACCUCUCCAUUUUGCUGCAGCUCUGUUAGGGCAAAGUCUCCAAGGAAGUGUAUGCUGCCAAGUAUUGGAAGCUAACUCAGCUGCAUUGUAUCAAUCAGACCACAAUGGAUUAUUUCCAAUACAUGUUGCUGCCUCUGUUGGUGAAAGAGGGACAAUCAUCAUGUUUCUUAACAAGUCCCCAACCAGCGCCGGUUUGCGCGACAGCAUGGGAAGGACAUUCCUUCAUGUAGCUGCUGAGAAAAAGAAAGUCAGGAUAGUCAGUUUUGUUUGCAGAAAUCGAUCGCUCUCAUCGAUUCUGAAUAUGCAGGAUAAUGAUGGAAACACUGCACUACACCUAGCUAUCCAGACAGGGAGUCUUCCAAUGUUUUGUGCUUUGUUAGGUAAUCGGCAAAUACGUUUAAACUUACCAAAUAAGAAACGGCAAACUGCUCUAGAUAUGUCACAGUAUAAGAUCCCCUCAGGAUUUUUUGAUGAUCAGAACAGUGAAGCCAGGAUACACUUUGCACUUAAAGUCGUUAGUGCUAGGAGUGGUGGCUGUCGCCGGGAUCACUUUGAAGAAAACUACAAUGACCAGCUAAAACAUUAUGAAAAAGAAGAAUUAGCAAAGGUGAAAGAUUCAACACAAACAUUGUGUAUUGCUGUAGUGCUAAUUGCAACUAUGACGUUUGGUGCUACUUUUGCCCUUCCUGGAGGUUACAGAGCCGAUGAGCAUACCAAUGGAGGCACGCCUACACUUUCUGGGAGUUAUGCUUUUGAUGCAUUCAUAAUAGCGAGCACACUCUCUUUCAUCUUGUCUGCGAUGGCUAUAGUAGGUCUCAUAUAUUCUGGAUACUACUCACACAGUCGCAAAAUUUUCUUACUCGUAGCCUUGUAUUUUGGAGCAACAUCAGUCACAUGUUUCACAGCAGCUUUUGCACUAGGCUUAUACAUGGUGCUAGCGCCAGUUGCUCAUAAGUCUGCUGUCACUAUCUGUGUCAUUAUCCCCUUUGUUGUUCUAUGCAACAAAAUUGAAUUUUUGGUAAAGUGGGUUCUUCUGGCACGAUCAUUAUGUACUCGAAUUGGGCUAAUUCGCACAUUGGUAAUAUUAGCAACAAAAAUCCUUUGCAACCUGCUGAUGGAAUUUUGGCCCAUCAUAUUCAUAUUUGUUUGGGCCACAUAUAUAAGGAACUAGGCUUAUAAAUGGAACUGCUGAUACAAACUAUUAGCACCCAUGACUACUUGAAGAUGCAUCAAAUGGAGAAUUUUUCGGUCAAGGUGUUUUCGCCUGACCGUUGGGUAUUUAGGAUUUACUGUGCUUUUCUUAUAAGAAUAUUUAAUUAUUUUUAAGUGUUGUGUCCUGAUGUACCUUUAUGUUCAAGAGUUUGUGCUCAUCAUCAUGUAAACACUGAUUUCCAGUGCUAUAUACAACUUCUUUGAAAUGUGCAAUUGGUUUUGAUUUUCUGUGUAUAUCUCGUAUUUUUGUAUGUAAA